CUUCCUUUAGACAGCGAGUCUAGGGAGGUGGUCCAAACAAAGCAGUUCACAGACGCCUGUUAAACACAUCAGUGACUGCAUAUACAGAGGGCUGUUGGGAAUCUCUUACUUUUUGCGAGAGCUCAAUGGCAAACAGUUCACAUGCUGAACACAACAUUUCUUACCUAUGCCAAACAACCACUACAAGUGUAGUUCUGCCCAUUAUCUACACCAUCAUGUCUCUCACUGGCCUGCCUGGGAAUGCUAUUUCUCUUUGGGUGUUCAUGCACAAGAUUGCCAUCAAAACGUCCACCCAUAUCUACCUGAUAAAUCUAGGGAUCUCAAACAUGUUGCUCUGCCUCACCAUGCCAUUCCAGGCUGCAUAUUACUCGCUUGGAACCACAUGGGACCAACGCAACACUAUGUGCCAAAUGGCAAUAAAUGGUCUUACUCCAGUGAUCCAUAUCAACAUCUGCAUUGGCGUGAUGAUACUGAGCUGGGUGGCGCUCAGUCGCUUUGCCUCACUAAUUCAACAUUCGCAUGCAGACCGCCCAAGCCGGUGGCUCAAAGUUCUACCCGGAGCCUUCUUUUGUCGAAAACGGCAAGCAAAACUGGCCUAUGCACUGUGCCUAAUCACCUGGGCUAUUGUGGCCAUAGCAGUCACAUCCUUUGUGGUGCUGUACUCGAUCAGGGCUGGAAGCGUGAAGGACGGUGACGGAGAUGAAGUGUGUUACAGUGUAGCGGUGGAGGUUGGAGGGGAAGGAUCUCACGUCUUCGCGCUAGUGGCUGUUUCAUUGUUCUUCGUCUUCUUCCUGUUGGUCUUAAGCGCAUACAUGGCAGUGAUCAGGCACAUCUGGAGGUCCAAGAAAAGCGCGAUCAUCUCUGACAGGCAGAGAGUCUAUGCAAGAGUGUUUCGGAAUAUCGUUGUCAUUAAGGUCGUGCUGGUGGUCUGUCUCCUGCCGUAUCACAUCUAUAAGGCCAUCUUCGUUAACAUUGUCAAAGAGCAGUCUUGGACUACAUCACCCACAACAGAUGCUUGCCAUCCACUAUCCAUGUAUGUGGAGGUAAAAAGCAUCCUCCUCUGUUUAGCGUCUCUGCGAUGUAGCACAGACCCCAUCAUGUACUUCCUGCUGGACAAGACGUUUCGUAGCCAUGCGCUUAGCCUGAUGAGAUUACGCGCUAACGCAAACGACAGUCAGUCAUCAAAGUCUAAUGGGGGACAGAUAUCUCAGGCAACAACUGGGUGUCUUUAGACAUUACUUGAGAGGAUACUGUACGCUGACACAAAGGAGUCUCAUUGUGAGCGAUGUUCCCUAACAGCUGAACGAUGUUUGGCCGCACACACCAAUAAGAAAGCGAAAGUGAAUGGGCAUCUCUUCAACUGGAUUACUUCCACAUGUCCAUUGUUCUUCAGUAUUGACCUGAAGCUAUGAGAAUUCUUGUUUGGAAUUACACAGUGCUGAGAAAUGCUUUAUAACAGAGGAUAUGUGGGCAGGCACACU